GCUGAUUUGAAGGUAGCACCUCUCACCGGAAGCGGGCUCCCGUCAUUCUGUCUGUGUCCUUGUUAGCUAACGCGACAGUUAGCCGCCGUAGCAGGCAGGCAGAUGUGCACCGCUCGGAAAGAUGAAUUAAAACGCGCCUGAAGAGCGAAUUUAAACGAGAUUUGCGUCCAGCCGCUGUUGAUAACGGCGUCAUGCUGCGUGUCGGGAGCAAAGCUGCGUGCCUGGCCUGCAGAAACCUGGUCUCCACCAACAUGGGGGUGAGAUUUCGGGUACCGCUGCAGAAGGUGCACCCUCUGUGCCGUGCCAUCCAUCACCGCUACUCGGGGAACACCAACCCUCAGCGAGCCCCUCAUCGCACAGCAGCCCGCUACUUCACCUCCAUGUCACGGUUGCCUAUGCGGCCUCCAAAGCCUCCCCCAGGAUCAGGAGGACGGGGCCACCAGCAGCAGCGCAACUUCUGGGUGGCCCGCCUUGCUGCACGGCUGUUAAAGCUCCGAUACAUUUUGCUGGGCUCGGCAGUGGGAGGAGGGUACACAGCUAAAAAGACCUAUGAAGAGUGGAAGGACAUGCUGCCUGAUUUCAGUGAAUACAACUGGGUCAUUCCAGAUUUUGUCUGGGAAUUGAGUGAACAAAUCGAUCUUGAUAAACUGGCCAAAGCUCUACCAGAGAUGGAGGAAAUAGCCAAACUACUACCUGACCUAGACAAGAUAGGAGAGAACUUCACUUUCCUCAAAAGCCUCCUGUCCUCUGGUGUGAGUUUGGGUAGUGAAGUCAAAGGAGCUUCUGGUCUGCAUCUGUUGUUAGAAACCUCAGGCGAUCCUUCACUAAAAGCCACAGAUUCUUCUGCCACAGCCACGCAAGAUGGCAGCGACAAGCAAUACAAAAAGGGUCUGCUUGGCGAGCUCGUUCUUAUUCAGCAGCAGAUCCAGCGGCACGAGGAGGAGGUCCGGCGGGCCGCUGCAGCCAAUAAUGCGCGUCCCCCACCGCCAGAGCCUGCUCCCAGUCCGCCUCCGAACCCCAGCCCCCCUCAACAGAAACGCAAGUCAUCAGACAAAGAAAAGGUAGACCAGCUUCAGGAGGAACUGCUCCGUACACAGCUCAAAUAUCAACGCAUGCUGGAGAGACUGGAGAAGGAGAAUAAAGAGUUAAGAAAAGUGGUGCUGCAAAAAGACGAUAAGGGCAUUCACCAGAGGAAAGUGAAGAAAUCCCUUAUUGACUUGUAUUCUGAAGUCCUGGACAUCUUGUCUGACUAUGAUGCCAACUACAAUACCCAGGACCACUUACCCAGGGUGGUUGUGGUUGGAGAUCAGAGUGCUGGGAAAACUAGUGUGCUAGAAAUGAUAGCCCAGGCCAGGAUCUUUCCCAGGGGCUCAGGAGAGAUGAUGACCCGCUCUCCUGUCAAGGUAACACUAAGCGAAGGCCCCCACCACGUGGCCAUGUUUAAGGACAGUGGCCGAGAGUUUGACCUUACAAAGGAGGAGGAUCUAGCUGCCCUGAGGCAUGAGAUUGAGCUGAGGAUGAGGAAGAGUGUGAAGGAAGGCCAGACCGUCAGCUGUGAGACAAUAUCCUUGAGCGUCAAAGGACCUGGCAUCCAGAGGAUGGUGCUAGUUGACUUACCAGGUGUCAUCAGUACGGUGACAACUGGGAUGGCAUCAGAUACUAAGGAAACCAUUUUCAGCAUCAGCAAGGCCUACAUGCAGAACCCCAAUGCAAUCAUCCUCUGUAUUCAGGAUGGCAGUGUAGAUGCAGAGAGGAGCAUUGUAACAGACUUGGUCAGCCAGAUGGACCCCCAGGGAAAGAGGACCAUCUUUGUCCUGACCAAGGUGGACUUGGCUGAAAAGAACUUGGCCAGCCCGAGCAGAAUCCAACAAAUAGUGGAAGGCAAGCUGUUUCCCAUGAAGGCCCUGGGUUACUUUGCUGUAGUCACAGGAAAAGGGAGCAGCGCUGAAAGCAUAGACUCAAUUAAAGACUAUGAGGAAGACUUCUUCCAGAAAUCCAGAUUACUGAGGGACGGCAUGCUGAAGGCCCACCAGGUGACCACAAAGAACUUGAGUCUGGCUGUCUCUGACUGCUUCUGGAAGAUGGUCCGAGAGUCUGUUGAGCAGCAGGCCGAUGUCUUCAAAGCAUCUCGCUUCAACCUGGAGACAGAAUGGAAGAACAACUACCCUCGUCUAAGAGAGCUGGACAGGAAUGAACUCUAUGAAAAGGCCAAAAAUGAAAUCUUGGAUGAAGUUAUUAGUUUGAGUCAAGUGACCCCACAACACUGGGAGUCCAUCUUGCAGAAGAAGCUGUGGGAACGUGUUUCCACCCAUGUGAUUGAGAACAUCUACCUGCCUGCUGCCCAAACAAUGGACUCUGGUACCUUCAACACCACUGUAGACAUCAAGCUUAAGCAGUGGACCGACAAGCAGCUUCCACACAAAGCUCUGGAGGUUGCCUGGGAGACACUGCAGGAAGAGUUUGCCCGCUUCAUGGCUGAAUACAAAGGCAAAGACCAGGACGACAUUUUUGACAAGUUGAAAGAGGCCGUGAAGGACGAGAGCAUCAAGAGGCACAAGUGGAAUGAGAGGGCCAUGGACAGUCUGAGGGUCAUCCAGCACAAUGCCCUAGAAGACCGUUCGAUCACAGACAAGCCUCAGUGGGAUGCAGCCAUCCAGUUCAUGGAGGAAACCCUGAAAUCACGCCUCAAAGACACUGAGUCAGUAAUCAGUGAUAUGGUGGGUCCAGACUGGAAGCAGAGGUGGUGGAGUUGGAUGAAUCGUACACCAGAGCAGCAUGUUCGUAAUGAAACAAAAAACGAGCUGGAGCGUUUGCUGAAACUACACGAUGACCACACAGCCUACUUGGCCAAUGACGAGGUCACCACAGUUAGGAAGAAUCUGGAGGGACGAGGAGUUGAUGUUGACCCUGUGCUGAUCAAGGACACGUGGCACCAGCUGUAUCGCCGACACUUCUUGCAGAACGCGCUGUCCCACUGUAACCUCUGCAAGAGAGGUUUCUACUACUACCAGAGACACUUUGUUGACUCUGAGUUGGAGUGCAAUGAUGUGGUACUGUUCUGGAGGAUCCAGAGGAUGCUGGUCAUCACAGCCAACACUCUCCGACAGCAGCUCACCAACACUGAGGUACGCCGGUUGGAGAAAAACGUGAAGGAGGUGCUGGAAGACUUUGGGGAAGACACAGAAAGGAAAAUCCAACUCAUCACUGGCCGCCGAGUCCAGCUGGCCGAGGACCUCAAGAAAGUUCGUGAGAUCCAGGAAAAACUUGAAGCCUUCAUAGAAGCUCUUCACAAGGAAAAAUAAGAGAACCAGAACUAUUGAAAGUAAAUUUGUGGAUCACAAGAGAGAAAUGCACUGAACAAGGACAACUAGAUCUGUAAAUGACCGCCAUCACCCGCUGGCCCUGCCCCAUCACUCGCCUGAUUUUAAUACCCCCCCGUUUGAAUGCUUCCUGUCCCCUUUUGAUGCUGAUGGAAAGAUGGACCUGAACAGAACGACAAGAUGGAGGAACAGUUUUCUUUCUCUGAUUUUCCUUUAUUUUUCUUUUCUCUUUUUGUCUUGUGAACUGUCCUGAGUUAACGGGGGGACUUCUGCACAGGAGCCCAACACCGUCAGAUCAGGAGGAAAAUGAGAAGCUUGCACAGUGUUGUCAGACAUCUCACUACUCAUUUUCAAUAAAUGAGGAUUGUGUACAUGUUUAUCUUCCCAUUUUUUAAAAUUUAUUUAUUUCUCUCUUUUUUUUUUUUUUUUUUUUUUUGCAGCUGAAGGUGUCUGUAUAUGUGUGAUAAUAGGAGUGUGUCUUCACUAAACUCUUGGAAACACCAUCACUGCUGUUCCCAACAGGUGAAUACCCUGGAUUUGAUACCUUUAUCUCACCUGGUGCUCCUAAAAUACGCCAUGAUACCUACAGUACCUGGUACCUUGAGGAUUUACCUCUGUUUACCAGUUUAGUCGUUUUUUUGUUGCACUUAGGAUCCAAAGCACUUAAGUUAUGUCUCUAAGUUGCAGCUGUACUCUACAUUUUCGCUACAUGUACCCCUGAAUGAGACGCAUUCUCACCUCGAAUUUAUAAUCAUAGAAAUUAACCUAGUAGUACCUGGUCCAAUAUGCAGCUUCCCUCCCUUCAUUGUAACACAAUAAGAACAGCCACUGAUUAACAGGAUGUGAUUAGCUCUGGAGGUGUUAAAGACAAUAUUAUGUAUAGAUUUAUUUCUUUUUUUGACCUAAUGGGGUUUAUUUGACAAAAAUACUAUGUAUGGCUGCCAAAUGCAUAGAACUUACUUUUUGUUUGUUUUUGUCUAUGUGUGUGUGUGAUGUUUGCACAUCCAUCAUUUUAUGUUAAGAUUUCAUCAAUAGCCAAUUGACAGAUAAUACAACAUCCAAAAAAUAAAUACAUUAAAGGGCACCCACUUGAUAGAAUUUAUGUUUAAUUAUGAAAAUAUAAUUAAACAUAAAUAUAGACACAUUAUUAAACUGAGGGCUGCAGUUUUAAAACAUACAUUAAAUUCACAUGAAACAGUUUAGAGCUACAUUUCAUUUGGUUUUGACAUUAUCUGUCAGUUGUUUUGCUCAGUCUGUAUAUUGGGCUUUAGUCCUUUCAUUUUUACUAUCUAGUCCAUCUUGACCAGUUGCUCCAGGUAGACGUGGGUAGGUAGGUUUCCAUCUGCACCGGGUUCGAUGUCCUCUGUUUAUUUGGCACGUCAGUUAUGUCUCCGUACAUCUGCACAGCACAGAUACACUUGUUCUUACCCACUCUUCUUUCUCUCCUGUCAGCAAUCCAAUGAUUGCUAAAAUCUCUUGCUGCUUUGGGGAUAAACUCAAACAUAAAAGUAGGUGUGUCCCUUUGUAAAUGAACAGAAAUUGUUCUUAGUUAAGACUUGAGAGAAAAGCGAAAUAUGUAACAUCCAUGUAGGCCAUUUUAAACAGAAUAUGUACACUUUUGUCAACUCACUGAUUCUUCUGUAAGUCACUGUCCAGGGCCAGGUGUUUUCUCACUGUUCCUUGUCUCGUGCUUCUUCCUCAUUCUCACCACUUACCUCCACUCUCUGUGCACCUCCAUCAUUUGAACUCUUCUGCUCACCCCUAUAGACAUCAUUCUACCUAGCUUGAAACAGUGAUGUUUGACUGAAAUUUGGGUGAGAGACUGUUUCAUUCAUUCAUUCAUUCAUGUGUAUAUGGGUAUAAAUAUAUAAUAUGCCGUGCAUUCUGUACAGGUACAGUUAAUGGGAAGCCAUGGAGACACUAUCAUGUACAGCACGUGUAUGCAGUGUGUAUCAGAAAGUUGGUUAAAAAAAUGUUUUACGUUGUAGAAAGUAAUGUUUGCAUGGUGUACCCCAUCAGAUGUGCUUUAUUUAUUAAAUUUGUGUUAAAAAGAAAAACAAUUAAAUAAAAUUGACAAAUAAAAAAAGACC